AUGGCUGAGAGCUACCACAACCAAGAAUACCCCUUAGCACCAGCCGGGAUUGACGGUCACCCUCGGAGCGAUGCCGAAUCUCUAAAUGACAAGGAGGAGAAGCGUCGGAAGAGGAUUAAAUGGGCUAUUUACAUCAGCGUCUUCGCUGUCUUCCAGGUGAUCGUGAUCGUCGUCUUCUCCCUCGUCGUGAUGCGGGUCCAGAGGCCCAAGUUCCGUGUCGGUACGCUCCGUAUCCAGGCCUUGACCACCGGUGCCCAGGGUGAGGCCUCGUUUGACACGACAUUCGUCGCCCCUAUUAGGAUCAAGAACACCAACUUUGGGCCAUACAAGUAUGAUGCAACCAGCGUGACCUUCUCCUAUGGCGGGGUCGCCCUAGGACGAGUGAUGGUCCCCAAGAGCAAGGCCAACUUCAAGUCCACGAAGAAAGUCGACAUGACCGUAACUCUGAACUCGAAUGCUCUGGCAGCCACUUCUUCGAAUACGAGCCUCGGGAACGAGCUGAGCUCAGGAAACCUGACGCUGAGCAGCUCGGGGAGGAUGAAUGGGAAGGUUGAGCUGAUGCUGAUAUUCAAGAAGAAGAAGUCGACCGAUAUGAACUGCACUAUGACUAUCGCCGUGGCAAGUAGGACAGUCCAGUCCCUGACGUGCAAGUGA